AUGGGCAGUUUCUUAGCUACAAUUUGGCAUGGUAGAAGUCUGUUAUACACCUCGGUCUCGGUUGCUAUGGAAACCUCGACCUCGGUGUAUAACCUAUACUUAAAUCUUGUCAGAGGUGAACCUAGGUUCCUUAAUCCUUGCCUAGAUUCCGUGUGUCUAUCACAAACAGUGACUUAUAAGUGUGAAAGUGGAUCACCACUUCAACUAAGGUGGAGAGUACUUGAUACUAAUGGUCGUCAGUAUGCUUUAACAGUGGCGUAUAUAGAUGGAAAUAGUGUAGGUAGGAUAGAUUCUAUUGGUAAUGAAUUCACUACUGUACUGAUUAAUACAACUGGUGUAAUUGUUUCUACUAUAACAUUCACUGCUGUGAUAAACAUCAGUAAUUACCUUAUUGAAUGUGGACCGGAUUUUAUCACACUAGUUAACUGUUCUAUAGUGAUACCAGAUUUUCUACCUGCUCCUGUUGCUAACCCUCUCACUUUUGGUUCUACUCAUUUUACCUUCUCUUGGUCACCAUCAACUGGUCAAUGUUUCACCAAUUAUGCUGUUAGCAUUACUAGUUCAGCUAGCAAUGUUACAUACGUGACUAAUGAUACUAGUCUGGUUAUACCUAUAUCUGAAUCAUUUAAUGAUACAGAAUAUUCUGUUAGUGUAGGAGCUGUUGAUACUGGAGGUAGAUAUAAUAGCUCUGAGGUAAUAAGAUUUACACCUAAUGUUCCUUUAUCUGUUACUAAUCUGACAUUAGCACAAAAUAAAUAUCUUACUGAUACUGUAAACAUCACUGCAUUGUGGAAUGAACCACAGUCAUCAUCUCGUCCUCCUAUAACUCGAUAUAAUGUUAAGUAUAACAUUUCUAAUGAAGUUCAGGAUAUACCAACUAAUGUUACUUCACUAACUCUGUCUGGUUUUUCAGUUGGUUUAGUGUAUACUGUUUCAGUGGAGGCUGUUAAUGUAUUAGGAACUGGUACUGUUACAUCAGCUACAAUAAGCAUUAGUGCAACUCCUAGUAUGACUCCAUUAAGCAGUAUGACUCCAUCAAGCAGUAUGACUCCAUCAAGCAGUAUGACUCCAUCAAGCAGUAUGACUCCAUCAAGCAGUAUGACUCCAUCAAGCAGUAUGACUCCAUCAAGCAGUAUGACUCCAUCAAGCAGUAUGUCUCCAUCAAGCAGUAUGACUCCAUCAAGCAGUAUGACUCCAUCAAGCAGUAUGACUCCAUCAAGCAGUAUGACUCCAUCAAGCAGUAUGACUCCAUCAAGCAGUAUGACUCCAUCAAGCAGUAUGACUCCAUCAAGCAGUAUGUCUCCAUCAAGCAGUAUGACUCCAUCAAGCAGUAUGUCUCCAUCAAGCAGUAUGACUCCAUCAAGCAGUAUGACUCCAUCAAGCAGUAUGUCUCCAUCAAGCAGUAUCACUCCAUCAAACAGUAUGUCUCCAUCAAACACUCCUACUCAAGAACCAUCACGACUUAGUGCUGGUGCUAUUGCUGGUAUAGUAAUUGCCAUCAUUGUAAUGAUUGGAGGUUUGCUUAUAUUGGGGAUUGCUAUGGUAUGUUAUGUUAAGAAGAAAAACAAAGACAAAGAUUCUUCUGUUACUCCUACUCCUCAUCAAAAAGUUGAAGCUGUUAAUUAUGCUGAAGUAGAGCACUCUGCUAAAUCAUCUUCCUCUAAGAGACAAGCUCCUCCUAAACCAGCAAGCUCACAUUCACAUGAAGCAGUUGAAUAUUCUGCCAUUCAAAAUUCGGCAGCAUCUCAUAACCCACCUCCAGAGGGUACCGAGUAUGCUGAUCUUGAUCAUAGUGCUUCAACGUCUAGUGGACAUCACCAGAGACCCAAGGACACCAGUAAUCAAGUCCAGUAUGCUCAUAUGAGGCCAUCAUGAGAAACACUGAGUGAGGGGAGGUAACCAUGGAAACUAUUAUUAAUUAGUUACUGAACUGCUUUGAACUAGUAUAAACAUGCUGUCUUGUUGUCUUUCCCUUUUUGUUCUUUCUCUUCUUCUCUCAAGUGUCUGUGUCUCAUUAAUUUUUAUUAGCUUUAACUGCUGUACGUAUUAUUACAUGUACAUGUACUUAUAUUAUUGUUCCCUUUUCUUUUGUUCCCCUUCCCCCUCCUCCUCCUAUUAU